GUCUGUAUGUCCUCGUAGAAAAUAAGGAAAACGACAAGACUAGGAGAAAAUACACAAAUAUGUUCGCGUUUUUCCACAGAAUCUUAGACUGGUUUAAAAGUCUGUUUUGGAAAGAAGAGAUGGAGCUUACGCUGGUAGGCCUUCAGUAUUCGGGGAAGACUACAUUUGUUAAUGUAAUAGCGUCUGGCCAGUUUAGUGAAGAUAUGAUCCCAACUGUAGGUUUUAACAUGAGGAAGAUAACCAAAGGCAAUGUUACCAUCAAGCUGUGGGAUAUUGGUGGACAGCCUCGUUUCAGAACAAUGUGGGAAAGGUAUUGCAGAGGAGUAAAUGCUAUUGUAUACAUGGUGGAUGCAGCUGACCAAGAAAAAAUUGAGCCCUCUAGAAAUGAACUUCAUCAUCUACUAGACAAACCACAGCUUCAGGGCAUUCCAGUGUUAGUUCUGGGUAAUAAAAGGGAUCUGUCGGGUGCCCUAGAUGAAAAGGAGCUUAUAGAACGGAUGAAUUUGUCUGCCAUUCAAGACAGAGAGAUAUGUUGUUAUUCAAUAUCAUGUAAAGAAAAAGAAAAUAUUGAUAUAACAUUACAAUGGUUAAUUCAGCAUUCUAAAUCAGGACGGUAAAGAUUGAAUAAUUGUGUGCCAAAGACUUGACGGAAUUUAUUUAGCAAGACAGUGAAAGAUUUCAGUGGCGUUUUAUUUGUAUUGACGUCCUUAGCAAUGCAACUGAUGUGAGGUUAGGAAAAGCUUAAAGAGGAUGAUUGCCUGGUAUUUUAGACAUCAUACUGAUCUAUUCAGUUAAAAAGUGUGAAUUUUGAAUAAAAUAUAACAAAUUAUGAGAAACACAAACGGAAACACAACUAAGAGUGAGACAGUAGUAAUUAUAUACACAUCUGAAGUUCAAUACAACUGUGUAACUUGAUGCCCAGAGACCUGGAGAUCAAGUACAGUACAAUGUCAAUGUAAGAAUUAUGUACUUUUUAUUUCAAAUGUACCAAACUUAAGAUGUUUUGACAAUUGACUCCCUGAAAUUUCAAAGGUCAGUAAUGAGACAAUAGAAUUGAAACAUGCUUUAUUUAAAGGUGUUUAUGUUUUCUGAAUCAAACGACACAGUUGUUUAACGCUGACAUUGUCUAUGACCAGUGCAAUGUAUACAUGUAAUGGAAAGAGAGAGUUAUAGAACAUUCUAGGAUAUUUUUUAUUAUUUAUCAUUCCACCAUUAGGCAUUGAUAUAUAUGUUAAAGAGUAAAGUAUGCAUAUUUAAUGAGAGUAGUGAAAGACAGAACUGUAUGGAUAUUGUGUGGAUCAGUUAGUAUGGUAUUUGCUUUUGUAAAAAAAAUUCAUUACAAAUAUAACCUUGAACUUAUGUUUGGUGGGUGUUGCGACCUCUGCUGUCAUUUCUACAUCUCUGCUGUUUUAAUUGUGAGACUGAAAACAUACAGUGUUACUUUAAUAAUAUAUAUCACAUGUAAUGGUUGUAGCUGAAAUAUGUGUUUUAUGUUUUUCUUUUCAUCCAAUUUAAAAUUUUCAUGAUUGAAAUAAUAAUUAGGAAUAAGUUAAACACAGUUACUUAAACUUUGAAUGUGUAAAUUUUGUUAUCAAUGUUUGAAGCAAUGAAAGAAAUAUUAAAGUCUAAAAGGGAGGUAAUUACUCAUGAAACAUCUGCUUCCCCGGAUUGUGCAAUAUGAGCUUUUGGUGCUCUUUCUCAGGAAGAUGCCAUAAUUGAUUAUCAAGGUCGUCAAAGUCUUCUAAUUGAAGGAAACAAGACAGGAAAGUGGAUUUUUUUUUUUUUACAAAAAGUGUGAAAUGAUGAAUAUUUUCAAAUUGAUCUACAGAGAAUUGAUAGAAUUGUAAAUCUGUUGUACAGCUCAUAAAGUAUUACAAAAGAUAGAAUUGUGUCUCCUAUAAAGGUCAUAAAGUAUUACAAAGGACAACACAAAUGUUUUCGCAAAGCUGGAAAAAGAAAAAAGUCAAUUUAGCAGAAUUAAAGGAGGGAAGACUUGGCUGUAUUAGGGUGUGUCCAGCACUGCUUUAUCGUGUAUCAAAAUCAGUUAAUGAUGUUUUAGUUUGUUCAAGUAAAUUGAUUUAAGUAGGUUGUUGUAGGAUAUAUGACACAGUUUGUUAUUACAAAAAUGCUUCAAUUAAAAAAUUGAAAAAGAUGGUGUAACCAGUUGUGAUGAAAUUUCUGUGUCUAUGAGUAUAUGUUAGAGCUGGGAUUUUGGAGAUCACUGUAAGCCAGCUUAUUAUCGUAUUCUAACAACACAAAUGAACAGCUUUGUAUUGUAUUUUCACUUAACAGAUAUAAUUAUCAGAGAAGAAUAUACUUGAUUAAGUAAACAGCACACAAAGAUGUCAUCACUAUAUUUAAUGUGCAUCAUACCCCAAACUGUUUUACAUUCAUCAUGACAAAGUUGUGAUUUGUUUGAGUUAUCUCUAAUAAAACUUGGCUUAAAGCUACUGUUAAUCAUGUGAAACAUUAUUUGAAAUGGUUAUAGGUUUAUUCAAUAUAUCCUAUAUUCACAGUUUGUAUUCUUCACUUCAAUAUUUGUGACAGUAAGUUGAAAAAUCCUGAGUGUUUGUAGAUGAGAUUGUUGGGCUGCAUUUCAUAGGGCCAAACAAAAUCAGUUUGUUUUUUGUUCAGGCUGUGAAAAAGAUGGGAUAUUUAUGUGACGGGGAGAUGACCAAGUGUCAGAGUCACCACUCCCAUUAUCUCGCCCACUUAGUCCAUCAUACUACAUUAUGAUUUGUGUAGUUUUGCCCUGUAUUAUUUUGUAAAUUUUUAGUAUAUAAAUGCAUGCAUAUAAUGAUGUCUGCAUAUUUCAUAAUUUUGUAAGUAUGCAAAAGUGACCAGUAUGCGAGAUAUUUAUAUUACAAUAGUAAUGUGAAUACACUUUGAUUUCCCCAAAUACAAUUAUAUAUACAUGUAUCAGUAUAUUACUGCAUAUCUAUAUAAACUAAUUACAGUGACACACACGUUAAAUGAUAUUGUACUUGAAUUCUUCAUUUUAUGAUCUCCCGUUUUAGAAGUCAUGUUCAUGAUUAUCUAUAUUUCUGAAUGAAAAUUUCAAUUCAUAAAAUAGCAGACAUAUCUAAAAUACCAACUCUUGAGUGUUCCUCUCAAAUUGUUCUGAAGAUAGGUUUAGGCAAAAUCCUUUGUACCUUGUAUUGAUUUUUCUUCUUCAGUUAAGUGAGCAGGUUUUAGGUAUUACAGCUUCACUUGCUGUUAAAAACAUCUUUUGAAAAUACCCAUAGGUAACAAAUUUCCAAGUUUUAUGAAAGUAAUGUCUUUACCAGAGUGCAUUAAUAUUUAAAGGGUGUACUCAUAAUUUAAUGUUGUUCAAAUUGGUGCUUAAUGUUCAUCCCAAUCUGAAUAUACUAGUAUCAUUCUACCGUAUUAGGAGAGGCCAGUAAUUGUUAACCUUUUGGUAAAGUUUAACCAUUUAAAGGAAGUUGACGACUGUGCACAGUUGAUAGAGUACUGCCGUGUGUUGAUACUACCACAAAAAUAACAAUUUCUAGAAAAACUUUGAGAUACAAAUCUUCAAAUACACACAAGAAAGAGUAAUGCAAGACUUGAAAAAAAAAUCCUUACAAGAUUUAAUCACUUGAUCAUGCUAUGACUUUUUUUCUCUGCGGACUUUGUACUAAGAAUUUUACUGUUAUAUUUAAUCCUGAAUGCCUUGUGACAUCAUGAAUAGUUACAGCAUUCCGUAUGUUGUGUGUACUUGUCAGCUAUGCAGUGCUGUGUUGAAUGUUAGGCGACGAAACUAUCGUCAUCAGUUUAAUUUGUUACGAUCAAACUGGGCUGAGUACAUUUAAUACUUUCUCAUCACAUGAAAAAGUUUCUCUGUAUUCAUCCGAUUUGUGAUCAAACUUUUUACCGGACAACAAGUUUAAAAAAUACCUGUCUGCUUAAGUGUCAAUACUUACUGUCGUCCUAAUGUGAAUUUAUAUUGUACAUAGCGCUACUUAUAUUUGUCUUGUGCAUUCAAGUAACAGCAGAUCAAAAAUACAAAAUACAUGUACAACA